AGAGAGAGAGAGAGAGUGAAAACCGACCCAGAUUUAUCUUUCUUUGUUUCUCUCUCUUUCAUUCACACAGAAAAAACGUCUUCAUGCAGUGCUUAAAUUAGGAAAGGAUUCUUUAUGUCUACCAAGCUUGAUACCAAAGUUGUAAAUAUUGAGGAUCCUAUGGAAGAAUUUUAGCUGUGAUAAUAGUUUUUUUUUAAAAAAAGAGAGAAAGGAAUCAUUUAUAUCGUCUAGGAAUAUAAAAGAAAAAAAAAGCGAUGAAUAAGAGUAGUCAUCAGUUGGGAUCCAUCAGCAGUAGUGAUCUUAUUGAUGCAAAGCUUGAAGAACACCAACUGUGUGGAUCUAAGCAGUGUCCUGGUUGUGGACACAAGCUCGAAGGAAAGCCGGACUGGGUAGGUCUACCAGCAGGAGUGAAGUUUGACCCAACAGAUCAAGAAUUGAUAGAACACCUUGAAGCAAAAGUAGUGGCUAAAGAAUCAAAAUCCCACCCUUUGAUUGAUGAGUUCAUUCCUACUAUUGAAGGAGAAGAUGGGAUUUGCUAUACUCAUCCUGAGAAGCUUCCAGGUGUUACAAGGGAUGGACUAAGUAGACAUUUCUUCCACAGACCAUCAAAAGCAUACACAACAGGUACAAGAAAAAGAAGGAAAAUCCAAACAGAAUGUCAAGACUUGCAAGGAGGUGAAACCCGUUGGCACAAGACAGGUAAGACUAGGCCAGUAAUGGUGAAUGGGAAGCAAAGAGGGUGUAAGAAAAUUCUAGUUCUAUACACAAACUUUGGGAAGAACCGUAAACCGGAGAAGACAAAUUGGGUAAUGCAUCAAUACCAUUUAGGACAACAUGAAGAAGAGAAAGAAGGUGAACUUGUGGUGUCAAAGAUAUUCUAUCAGACUCAACCAAGGCAAUGUAAUUGGAGUAACACUACAAGCAGUGCUGCUGGAGAUCAAGCCAACAGUGAUGUUAAUAGCAGAAGGGAUAGUGGAAGUGGAAGCUGUUCGUCGUCUAAGGACAUCAACAAUAAUAAUAAUCAUAAUAAUAAUCUUCCUUCUCAUAGGGAUGAAUUGUCUGCUGCUGUUUGUGCUGCUAUGUCUAGUUACUCUACUAUGGAUAUUCAACAAUACAAACCUGAACAUUUUAGCUUUCUCCCAUUUAGGAAAACCUUUGAUCAUGAUCAGGCAGGCAUUGUCGUAGGUGAAGGUUCAAUAACAAGAGAAAGUGGUCCAGCGGCAGCAGCACCAGAAGAGUGUGACAUGGGGGAGCCGCAAAACGUACAUGAUCCUCAGCUCCACCAACGCCAACACCAACACCAACACCAACACCAACAUCAUCUAGUUGCAAGCAGUGCAUUCCACAUUAGCAGGCCAACACCUCCAAUAUCAGCCAUUAUAACUCCGCCUCCACUCCAUAACACUUCCGUCAUCUUAGGGGAAGAUGCCUUCCAUGUUCCAAGAUCUAUAAUCCUUCCAAAUGACAACUUUCAGACAAUACAUGAUCACAAAUAUGAUUAUGUUCUAAUUGAGUGUAUCAUCUUUCGGCAGCAACAACAGCAUCAUAAACUAGGAGCAAGGUCUGCAUCUGAAUUGGAACAAUUAAUAAUGGGCUGCACUUCAACUGAUAUCAAAGGAGAGUCAUCCAUCACAAACUCUCAAGAUGCUGACUGGUUGAAGUACUCACACUUCUGGCCUGACCCUGACAACCCUGAUCACCAUGGCUAGGGAUGGAGUAGAAAAAUAGAAACUCUUAUCUUCAUCAUUACUAUGCUUCAAGACUUGUUGAAGUUUUGCACAAAUAAGUGAUCAAUUCAAAGAGGACCAAGUCAAUACACUACUCUACUAGUAUACUUGUUUUUAUUUUAAUUCACUAUAUAUAUAGUAUCUUUUACAACUGAAAUGCUGGCAAAAGCUAAGGUACUGCCUGAAGCUCAACUGAACUAACACUUCAAUACAAUCCAAGAAAGAAGGAGGGAGACCAAGAAAGGCUGCUCUCUUCUGACAAGAAAUGCAACAAAGACUCAAAGAGAAUUAAUGCACCUGCAUGAAAAUCAUCACCACUAUGAUUACGAUAUCAUCUUAUUAUUAUUUGUUUAUUUGUUUUUUGCUUAUAUAUAAUUUCUUUUAUUUUGUUUUUUUUUUUCACAUGAAACACCAUAGGAAUAUUUGUGCAAAGUGCAUACCCAACUUUGUUGAUUGCGUCUAUGGACAGUCACUUUAUAGAGUAGAAUACUUUUUUUUUUGGGACACUA